GCCAAGAGACAGAGUUGUCACGCUGACCAACUUGUGACAGCUUGUCGACAAGUUUUGCCAGCCGCUUCGCCAAAGACUUGCGCUCGCGGUUUCGCGAAAUUAAUGUCGCGGGUCGAGGAGAGAAGGGAGAGGCUGACAGUCCGGGGAGAAGGUGAAAGUAAGAACCAUUCACGGACAUAACCUAAAGAUAAACUGUGUACGCGGCUGAUCGUUGAUUUCGUGGCGAUUCCUCGGCGAUACUGCAUCGCUUUUAACAAGUGGUCUGACAUGAUCGUACCAAAGGGUUGGCCUUUUAAUGAAUGACUUGUCGGGAACGGAGCUACGAACAGAAAAAAUAUGGAAAGUUGCAACGAAGGGGCUGACCGCGACCGGACUUCAACGACGUCUGUCACCACGGUAUUGCGAAAAAGUUGGUCCGAAUUGAGAAGCGUUGUCAGUGAUUUACGCAGAAAAUUGUCCGGGGUAUCAGCUGGCUCCGUACCGGGAUCUAUUACGUUUCGAUCUUUACCCGAUGGACGGACUAGAAUAUAUUUCCUCAGUAGUCCGAGCAACGGAUGGGAGACCACUCUGUUAUACGUGGAUAUCGCGCAUUCCGAUCGUGCCAAUGGAUACCGUCUUCACUGGCAACCUGUUAUCGAAGCAAAUUUUCAAACGGUAUCCAGUACAAAAAGGUUAUCCAGAGAAGAACAGUUGUUAUGGGAAAGGAAAAGACUAGCCACUUGGGGCAUUACGAGUUACGAAAUUCAUCCAGAUAGUGGAAAAUUAGUCUUUCCAGCUGCGAGUAGUCUUUAUCAAUGUAUAGACACAGGAUUCAUGGCUGGACCUCUUUUUCCAUCCGAGAUUCGCAUGUCAACGUCAGGUGCAAAGUUAUGUCCACAAAUUUGUCCAUGGAACAACGCGUUAAUUGCUCAUACGUGUUCGGGAGAUCUCUACCUAUCCCACAGUAUCACCGGUUCUUCCAUAAGAUUAACCUAUGCAAGAAAGGGUGGGAGAAGCUUAGCGGACGAUCCUCUCACCGCGGGAACCCCUUCUUACGUAAUGCAAGAAGAAUUUACUAGGUAUAUUGGUUAUUGGUGGCAGCCAAAAUCCAACGACGGUGUUUAUAGAAUAGUAUACGAAGAGGUCGACGAAAGCGAUGUAAAAAUAUUUUGCUUUCCGUCUACGUCAAAUUCGGAAGAAAUAGACGAAUUUAGGUUUCCUAGAGCUGGUACUUCCAAUGCUAGGAGUAACCUUAAAAUGGUGCAAUUCCGGAUAACCGAAACAUUACAAAUCGUUGACACUGAAAUAUUGGAACUCCAAUAUCCAUUGCAUAUUCUCUUUCCAUGGAUGGAAUACAUGGUGAGAGUGGGCUGGACGCCCGAUGCGCAAUAUGUCUGGGUCCAGCUGUUAGAUAGAAAACAGCAAAAGCUUGAGUUGGUUUUAUUAUCGAUAGAUAAUUUUUCUGAGCCACCUCCAAACAUAUACAAUUCCGAAAAUCACUUUACGCCAUCGUCGGCGAGUGUUCAAGUGAUAUAUUCCGAGCUCAGUUCGAUUUGGAUCAAUAUUAACGAUCUCCUCUAUUUUUUACCAUCCGAUAAUUCAACGGAAGUGAAAUUCCUUUGGGGUAGCGAGGAAUCCGAUUUUAGACACCUCUAUCUCGUAACAUCUAGUAUAGCAGCAGGUUUAAACAAUCAAGCCGAAGAAUCUUUGGAUAGAAUGGAUAGCAUUUUUUUGCAACCUCGAGUUAUUUCGAAGGUUGCUUUAACCCAAGGAGAUUGGGAGGUGUUGGGUAAAAAAUUGUGGGUAGACGAAAGCAACUCUAUCGUCUAUUUUUGUGGUUUACGCGAGGGUCCGUUAGAGCAACACGUUUACGCUGUGUCUCUUCGUCGACCAUUAGAGAUAAGGUUGCUCACGAGGCCGGGUUACAGUUACAACAGUAUAUAUUUCAAUAAGGAAUGCACGAUGCUGGUGACUGUUUACAGCUCCAUCAAAACGCUACCAACUUGUCAAGUAUUUAAAAUAUCGCAAACGGAUUGGACGGUGGAGAGUAUUUCUUUAACUCCCUUAGGUUAUCUGUUAGAACCAUCGACACCUGAAACCGAAUUAUUUGCCCCGGAAAUUUAUACACAUACGAUAUCGUCUGGCGAUUCAAUUUAUUCCAUGAUUUUUAAACCACAUAAUUUCCAACCUGGUGUCAAGUAUCCCACAAUACUCAACGUUUACGGUGGUCCCGAAGUGCAACUCGUAUCGAAUACCUUUAAAGGAAUGAGACAUUUGAGAAUGCAUAUGUUAGCUGCCCAAGAUUACUGUGUAGUUUUAAUCGAUUCUCGUGGUUCGCAUCAUAGAGGUUUAAUGUUUGAAAGCCAUUUGCAACACAGAAUGGGUACCGUUGAAUUAAACGAUCAAGUCGAAGUACUAAAAUGGUUGGCCGAAACUACUGGUUAUAUUGAUCUGAAUCGCGUAGCUCUACACGGUUGGUCGUACGGAGGAUAUUUGAGUCUUAUGGGUCUGAUACAGUAUCCUGAAGUAUUCAAGUUGGCGAUCGCCGGUGCACCGGUCACCUCCUGGAAUUUUUAUGAUACCGGUUAUACCGAACGCUACAUGGAUUUGCCUCAAAAUAAUCCUCCUGGUUAUAUAACCGGCUCAAUUUUAACCUAUGUGGAUAAAUUCCCUGACGAGGAAAACAGACUAUUAAUCAUUCACGGACUGAUAGACGAGAAUGUACACUUUUUUCACACAAGUCAGUUGAUCAAUGCCCUUGUAAAGUCUGGAAAACCAUAUCAACUGCAAGUUUAUCCCAACGAAAGACACAGUCUUAGAAAUUUAGAUGCUAGUAAACAUUACGAAACUACCCUAUUAUCAUUUUUACAAAAUCAUUUGUGAAAUCUUAGUUUACAUUCAGCUAUACAGUUUCGGCGGUAAACGUUGAUUAAAAUAAGGUUUUAACAAUUUAACUGACUGCCAUUACUUUAUGUACAUACAUGAAACAAAUUAAAAAUUGUUCGUUACAUCCUCGA